CCGAGCAUCUCACUCACCCGAAGACGAUGGUAUCAGCUCUGAGACUACCUUCUCUGACUUCCUUGCUUUACCCCAACUUAGUCCGCCGGUACCCGGCGGCCCUGCGUAGGCGCCACAGCAUCCGGCCGCUUCUGGCCUCCGGGUUCUCUGCUCAGAGUGCGGCUUCUAGUCCGCCAGAUACGGUGGACCGAGUCGACAACCAGAAAAGCCGAGUUCAAGACCGUGUGAACUCAGACCAAGUUAUCACGCCACGUUCUCAGGACUUCAAUGCUUGGUAUCUCGAUGUAAUUGCGAAUGCUGAGCUAGCUGAUUAUGGCCCCGUUCGGGGUACCAUGGUUAUUCGCCCCUACGGCUACGCUAUUUGGGAGGCAAUUCAGGAAUAUUUGAACGUUAAGUUCAAGGAGACUGGACACAGUAACAUGUAUUUUCCACAGUUUAUUCCAUACUCUUUCAUUGAGAAAGAAGCAAGUCAUGUAGAGGGUUUCAGUCCAGAAUUAGCUCUCGUUACAAUUGGAGGAGGGAAGGAGCUUGAAGAGAAACUUGUGGUUCGACCUACUAGCGAAACCAUUGUAAAUCACAUGUUUACUCAGUGGAUUCAUAGUUACCGAGAUCUUCCUCUCAUGAUUAACCAGUGGGCAAAUGUCACAAGAUGGGAGAUGCGCACAAAACCCUUUGUGAGAACUCUUGAAUUUCUAUGGCAGGAGGGUCAUACUGCUCAUGCUACACUGGAAGAGGCAGAAAAAGAGGCACUACAGAUGAUUGAUGUUUAUACUAAGUUUGCUUAUGAGCAAGCUGCGAUACCUGUUAUUGCUGGUAGAAAAUCAAAAGUGGAGACAUUUGCUGGUGCUACCAAAACCUACACAAUAGAGGCUAUGAUGGGUGAUCGCAAGGCAUUACAGGCUGGAACCAGCCAUAAUCUUGGGCAAAACUUCUCCCGUGCUUUUGGGACACAGUUCACUGAUGAAAUUGGACAAAGGCAACAUGUGUGGCAAACAUCAUGGGCUAUCAGCACAAGGUUCGUUGGUGGCAUUAUCAUGGCACAUGGAGAUGAUGCUGGUCUAAUGCUUCCCCCAAAGGUUGCACCAAUACAGGUGGUGAUUGUACCAAUUUGGAAGAAGGAAGAUGAUAAAACAGGAGUUCUCAAUGCUGCAUCAUCUGUUAUGGAAGUUCUCAAAACUGCUGGACUUAAAGUCAAACUUGACAACUCAGAUCAGAGGACACCAGGAUGGAAGUUCAAUUUCUGGGAGAUGAAGGGAGUACCUCUAAGGAUUGAAAUCGGUCCACGUGAUGUUUCAAGUGAAAGUGUGGUCAUAUCAAGGAGAGAUGUUCCUGGAAAGCAAGGAAAAGUGUUUGGAAUUUCUAUGGACUCUUCAAUAUUAGUACCUUAUGUGAAGGAAAAGUUGGAUGACAUCCAAUCAUCCCUUCUUCAAAGAGCAAUAUCUUUUCGGGACAGUAAUAUUGUGGAUGUGAGCUCCUAUGAAGAACUGAAGACAGCAAUUUCCUCAGGCAAAUGGGCUAGGGGUCCUUGGUCAGCGAGCGAUGCAGAUGAGUUAAAGGUAAAAGAAGAAACAGGGGCAACAAUCCGAUGUUUCCCUUUCGAACAGCCCCAAGGAAGCAAAACAUGCCUCUUGACUGGGAACCCUGCAGAAGAAGUCGCUAUUUUUGCAAAAUCUUAUUGAAUCUAUUGCAUGCUUAUUGAUGAUUAAUCUAGUUUCAAGGCUACAAUGAGAUGGACUAAAGUUUCUCAAGGUUUCCUCAUUCCCAUCCUCCCUCUUGUAAUACAAAGUUUUGGUUCACAUUUUAAGAAGAUGUAUUUUAUCAAAUUAUUGUUUGAAAAGCAAGGAAUGGUCUCAAUUCUUCACUGAAUUCGAAGUAAAUGUUAUAAACGGUCUAUCCCAUU